AUGGCAGUGCUGGAUGUUGGCGCUGUGCAACGAGCAAAGAUUGACACCGAGCAGGAAGACGACGACCAAACUGAAUAUCAAGGAGCGGCGUUCCAAACAUCCAGGGAGACCAUAACUAAGGACAAGCCAUCUUCAAAAGCAGUCGAUCGUCAAGAAGCAGCGACAAACCAAGUGCCCAGCAGCCGCACUGAUGAACUGUCUGCCAUUGAUAAAGCCAUCUCGGUGUUGGCGGCGACAACCUGCGGAGAUAGUACCGUAGAAGAAGUGACAAAGUUAUACUAUCGCGGGUCUGCCGGACGGUUCCAAUCGUGGAUUACUCUGUGUGAAGGUCUUCCGCUAGCGGAAAUCAUCCAAGCGGUUCCACAGCCAGACAUCUCCGGAUCAAUCGACCUCGCGACCGUCAUAUUCAGAACGUCGCAAAAAGAUGUGAAGUACGGAUUGUCAGUAAAGCAAAUUUCAAACAUGGGGCUGUCUACUUUCGAUAGCCAAGUAGUGUAUCGUGUCCUGGAGAGGGACAACACGUUUAUAGUAAAAACGCAAGUGCCGCCUACUCCAGACUCUGCCAAGAUUGACCCCGCAGAAGCAGCAUUGGGUGUGACGAUUAUAUCCAUAACGUAUUGCCACACAGGAACCACCCCGAUAAUGUCGACCAUGCGUGACUCACAGGAAAUGUUCUUGCCAAACGCAGCAAAAAGAUUGGCCGGUGGACGCGACAAUGACAGGAUCAAGCAGAUCACCACCAUGAUCCCUUGCACAGGCCCCCAUCCUUUUGCAAUGUUGGCAGUGCUGGACUGCCCAGCGGCGAUAGCUGGUAGACUCACUAAACAGAUGGCCGGGCACAAAUGGGCGAAUGUCAUUGAUAGGGUUGAUGACGGUAUGAUCUUGCUUGGAGGUGUGCAUCCCAACCUCGGAAAGCUUCUACAGUGGCUCAGCACCCACAGGAGCUUUUACUUUCACCCUCACUUUGCGGAAAACAGUGGGUUUCCGCAGUCGGACAUACCUCUCAGAAUAAGGCUGCUCGGGUUAGCUCUGAUGACUGUGGAGGGAGUGUAUGAGAUAGCUGACAACACGUUUGACAUCACCGAAUCCGGGAUGAGAGUUGCUGAAGGUUGUUUGAAUCGAAAGAAGAAAUCGGCUCCUUCGAAAGCUGACCUCGAUCGACUGGUGUCCCAUAGACACUGGCAAAGAGAUGUAUUGAGAACUGGGAGACACAUGUGUGCUGAAGACACCAUACAGUUGAUCUUAGGUAUGGAAGCUAAGUAUCUGUGCAGAGAGAUUUGUAGAGAGGACAAGUCUCAGCUGGCGUUGGCCAGAGGGGUAUCCAACUAUCCUGCCUGCGUAAGGGACCGUGGGACGACCGCAAGUGCCGAGUUCUCAAAAGCCAAAGUUCCGUCGUCAAAAGAGGACAAGCUGCUCGACACACCGCAACUUGCUAGAAUCAUGAAGGCGAGGGCCAUGGGAAGCACGGGCGGAAGCGUGGAUGGGUGA